AAAAGCCUCUCUCCCCCCUCUUAAUAUUUUAUUUUAUUUUUUACAUUUGCAUAUACAAACAUAAUAUCUUUGCUAUAUAAUGCAUCUUUUCUCUUCAUAUGGAACUUAGGAUCCCCUCAUAAUACAUAUUUGCCUUGGUUUUUCCUUCAGAGACACGGCCAGAGAGAAUCCUUUCAAUCCUUUCUUUCUUGCUGGAAUUUAAGCUUAAGAGGAAACAGAAAGUAUGUGCAUGAAUUCUUCAACCCCGAUUCCAAGAAGUGAAUCUUUCUAUUCUUUUUGGCGUAGACGUCCAUCCAAGCGGCACAAUGUUCGCGUUCGCCGGCUGAACAGGUGGAGGACAAGGAGGGGAGCAGGGGCGAAGAAGACGAUGGUGAAGGAUGGAAUAGAGAAGAUGGAAAUCAAGAACUUGAAACUGUACGUGAAGAAUCAGAGCAUCAUAGAAGAGAACGAGGAGCUGAGGAGGAAAGCUCUUCUUCUUCACCAAGAGAACCAAACCCUGUUGGCUCAGCUACAGAAGAAGCUCCAUAACCCGCAGACCACUUUUUAAAAUAGCCUAAAUAACCAGUACUCGAGUAGCACUAGAGACCACUAGAAAUACUUCCUCACACCAUGUAGAAGGAGAACUUCAGUUAGUUUCUUAGUUGUCAUGAAGUCUCUUCAGCUUCAUUUCUUCUCUUUUGCGGCGCUUAAAUCUAGUUUAUUCUCUAUAAAUUUGAGAUGGGAAUUGGUUCUACUUUCAUUUAGUUCAUGUAUUUUAUAUGACGUUUAGAGUUGUAAUCUUGGUUAAUUAGAAAUU